UUUUGUUAUUUAUUUACAUUUGUUUUAUGUCUGCAAUGCGUUAACACAUGUCGUUGUCUUUGAUUGUCAUAUUAUUUUUGUUGAAUUAAUUGAGUGAUCAAAUGAGCCGAAGACAGACCACGAGAUGACCAGCAAAGACGUGUCCACACAUUACGAGACACUAAAUUGCAAUGAAAAUGCAACCAAAGAGGAGAUCCGCAAUCAGUUCAAGAAGUUAGCUCUUCAGACACAUCCCGACAAAAGUGACUCUAAAACUUCUUGCGAAGACUUUCAUCGCAUCGAUUAUGCGCUCAAAGUGUUGGCCACUGACGAGAGCCGUCGCCAAUAUGACUGUCAACUAAUUGACGACCGAAGUUAUGAUCGUAUUAUUAAUCAAGAGAUUACUAUAAAUGAUAUGAUACUAAUUGAUGACACGUAUUCAAUAGAUUGUUGUUGUGGCGGAUCUUAUCUUAUAUCGAUUGAUGACUUUAGUCAACUAUCGAGUGUUGAAUCACCACAAGAAUCACUUAUAAUUGAUUGCAAUUCCUGUUCAUUAUCUGUAAAAUUAGGCAAAACAUGAAAAAUUUUAUUAAAAAUUAUUAAUUAAUAAAUAAAAU